CGGCGGGGAAGAAGGGGCCGAGCCACCCCGUUCCCCGCCCCGGGAAGGGGUGAGAGCCGCUCUGCUCGGUGGCGGGGGCUCAGCCGGAGCGGGGACAGGGGUGCCCGGGCCGUCCCCUCGCUGCGGGCCGCCGUCUAUGAGGCGCCGGCGGGCACUCCCUCCAGCGCCGGGAGGAGGCUCAGCCCCGGCGGGCAGGGCAGGGCCGGGACGAGGGGGUGGCCGUGCGGCGGGUGGCACCCCUCUUCUCUCUUCCUCCUCCUCCUCUUCCUCCUCCUCCUCUUAACUUGGCCGCAGCGGCGCGGGGCGGUGCGCUUCGCCCUCCGCCGGCGGUGGGGGAUGCGCGGGCGGCGGCGGGAUGGCCUCGGCCGUGUUUGAGGGCACCUCGCUGGUGAACAUGUACGUGCGGGGCUGCUGGGUGAACGGGAUCCGGCGGCUCAUCAUCAGCCGGCGGGGCGACGAGGAGGAGUUCUACGAGAUCCGCACCGAGUGGUCGGACCGCAACAUCCUCUACCUGCACCGCAGCUACUCCGACCUCGGCCGCCUCUUCAAGCGCCUCCUCGACUCCUUCCCCGAGGACCGGCCCGAGCUGUCCCGCUCCCCCUUGAUCCAAGGGCUCAUCACAAUAAAAGAAGCCCAUGAUAUAGAAGCCAGACUUAAUGAAGUGGAAAAGCUUCUGAAGACUAUUAUAAACAUGCCCUGGAAGUAUUCAAGAUCUGAAGUUGUCCUCACGUUCUUUGAGAGAUCUCCUUUGGACCAAGUUCUAAAAAAUGACAAUGUCCAUAAGAUUCAGCCAAACUUUCAAAGUCCAGUUAAAAUAUCAGAAAUCAUGCGAUCAAAUGGAUUUUGUUUAGCCAACACUGAAACAAUAGUCAUUGACCACAGUAUACCCAAUGGAAAAGAGAAGCACCUGGACGUAGAUCCAGCAGAACACUUGUUUGAAAGUGUUAGUGACUUUACCUCAGAGCUAGAAGACAGUGAUGAUCCAACAGCUUAUGUCACCAAUUUGACGUACUACCACCUGGUCCCGUUUGAGACUGAUAUUCUGGACUGAGGCUGCUGGGUGAUGCCAGCACCCAGCCCACCUCUUCGUCCAUCGGCUCUGCUAUCUCCGGCGUUGCAUCUCUGUGAAUAAAAGGCCGUGCGGGCAAGACCACCAGCUGAGAAGUUGCAGCAAGGAUGCCACAAAGCUGGUUUUGUCGUCUGGCCACUCCGUUCGGUGUCACGGAGACAUCUUGUAAGAAGGUAACUGCUGACAACGAACUCGUUUUCUGUGAAAGCAAGGCAGCAGGAGCCUCCUGGGGCCUGAGGAAAUCUCUGCUGGGUCUGUGGGAGCUGCCGCUGUGACGCAGCCACUGGAAACCUGUGCUGAUGAUACACUGUCACCCGUGCUCCUUUGCCUCGCAGUGCAAGUCGAGGCUUCCUCUUUUAGGAUACCACCACAAACUUCCCCAGAUGGCGUGACCGCUCUUUUUUAUGCUACAUAAGCGAGAAAGCGAGCAAACCAGCUGAGUUUUGUCAGUUCCCAGUGUGGUUGCUUAACGGCGGUCUCGCGGGUCACACUUUGGUCAGCUACCAGAUGACUGGUGCCUUACACGAGAUGUCAGCAAUACCAUUGAGUGCCUCCAGGAAACAGCACAUGACCUGACCGCUUUACUUCUUUUAAUCAUGUUUUUUUUUUAUAUAUAAUCAUUGAAGAGGCGACUACUCUUUUCUGGAAUAGUAGAGCAGGCAGCAGCUGGCAUUGCAAUGGACUGUGCAUGGUGUUUGGGUGCCCGUGUGAUUCCAGAGAUCUGGAAAGCUGAUGGGAAAGCUGAGCUGCCCCCCCCCGCUAAGAAUGGUCAAGGCUAGGACAGACACUUGGAUACAAAUUUUUUUUUAUGUGGACCAGAAAAUGUGAAUGGUGCUUACAGUUGUUUACAUCGGAGAGAUCAUUCCCUAUGCAUCUUUCUCCCCAGAGGACGGGGAGGAAGGCAAUGAGAUUUACAUCAUGUUUGGACUGAAGAAGAGUGAUAAGCUACGGUCUGUCUAGAGUGGUAGGAAAAACACUCUCUCCCCUGCCAGCCUGGCUCAAGGAGUCUGUCUAGCUUUCCAAGAUAUGCCUGUGGGGCCAGGCCUUGUUGUCACGUAAUGCCAUGGAUUUCAGUGGAGGCAGGAGAGCGGGAGCAAGAGCAGGAUCAGACCCUGCAGCCUCUUGACUACUGAGUAGUGCAACGUUCAAAUCUCCUCGGGGUCUCUCUCCUGUGGAGUGCUCUGAAAUCCCGGCUCUCACUGUGAGCGCUCAACACUCACCAUCGUGACCUCUUGUUGAGCUUUUUGCAGUCUGCUUGCCACCGUGGAUUUGGAGGGAUCAAAGUGGGAAGGAAUGCAUUUUGGACUUGAUUCUUGGUAAAGGGGCUUAUUUGGUCCUGAAGAAGCUGAUACAGCUCCCCCUCUGCAGACUUUUCAUUUCUAUCUAUAGAAUAACAGUCAAACAGAAUUUGCUUAAUGUAAAUAAUAAAUUAUUGAGAAUCCUAAUUCUUUUACACAGUAUGUUUUUAAAAUAUAUUUUAAUGAAAUAAAAUAUAACUCACCUUCAGUACACUUUCUGCAGCUUAAAACAGCGGCUUCCUUUUAUAUUUUUUUUCCUUUGAGGACAUUUUCCCAACUAUGCCAAAUUUUCUUAGUAGUUUUGGAAACAUGCUGACUUUGGGCAAUUCUUUCUGUGCUCCGUGUGUUGCCCAUACUGUAGAUAUGGUGUAUACCCAUGUGAAACCUCUCUGCCUAACUGUUGAUCUGGGGUCUAGGUUUAUGUGGUUUAAUACCACUAAGUUUAGUGGAGGAAUUCUGCAUUUUCAAGACCAUAAGUGAAUUCAAAUCUGGAAGUUAUUCUUUUUGAAGAAAAUUCUUACAUGUUAAGUUUCUGGAAUGGAAAGACUUUCUCAGCAGCCUCCUGAAUUAGAAUUGAGAAGGAUUUUUGUUUAUUUGUUUUAGUCUCAUUAGUUUUAACUCUUCUGUCAGUUCUUUCAUGAUGGGGUACAAACAGCAUCUAGUAAACAUGUGCAUUGGAUUGGGAAUUGGAAUAUUUUAUUUCAGUUCCUGGCCCUGCUGUCAGCCUAUGAUAUUCCUUUGGGUAAUUCUACUUCAUCUUCCUUUCCCUGCUUUUUCCUUGAGUAAUAUUUUGAAAAGCACCAAGUGUCAUUGGCUUUUGCUGGAAUAUUGUGUCCUGAUUAAUUUGAAUUUUCCUAUGAGUUUUUAAGGACAUGAUAACUACUUAUAUUUCUGAAAGCACUUUAAAAUAUAUGGAUUAAAAAAAAUAGAGCAGUAUUGUUAAAUUUUACAGCCACAUUCCUCAUAUGAGAACCAGCUAAGCUGCAAGCACAGUGAAGUCUCCAGGGCAUGGGGUGUCUAAUGCAAAGGAACUGAUCUACAAACAGAAGUCACACCCAUUUCACUUGGAUUUUUCAAAAGCCAUUUUGAUCAAGUAUUUUCCAGAGAUUAUGUCAUGUGAUUUAUUUCUCUUAGCUGAAAUCUGUUUAUUUGAUAAAUCAAGGGAAUGCAAA